AUGCUGGAAAGGCUUCCAAUUGGGGAAUGGUCUCGUCAAGUGAAGAGCAAGCGAGAGAUUCUUGUGCAAUCAAACCAGUCUAUUCAAAAUAUUCAAAGUGAAAUUGAUAAUGUCGGUCAUACCUAUGAAAAGCUGAAAGACGACAAGGCUAUACUGGAAAGCAAUGUUAGUGAGUUGAAAAGAAAGGUAAUUUAUAAAAUAUGGCUUUAAAAUUAGGAGUUCAUGUUGAUUAAUUAAUGCAUUGGUAUUUCUGUGUGCUUUGCUCAUGUAUACUUGAAAUAUAGAAUUUCAGCAUAUUAUUUUAAGUAACUCUGACUCUAGGAUGAGAACUCGGAACUGCAUACAGCCGUGCACAGUGUGGUUAGUGAAUAGGAUGCAGAGGGUCAAAUAUUAAUUAACGAGCAAAAUUACCUGGUGUUAAACUGGGUAAAAUAGAUAGGUAAGAGGCACUGGGGCACAUUGCGUCUUAAUAGGUUAAAUAUGAAGCGAUUUUGUCUCCCGCUUACCAGAACACACAUUCUUGCUUGAGAAUGAGAAAGUACACAUGCCAAAAGGAAGGAGUGCAGAUGCAAUCCCAACCAAACUAGAUGAGAACAACAGCGAUAAAGUAAUUGGCAUCUCCCAUAAUCUUGCACGCAAGCGAAGGAAACUGACAUACGCUGCAGUGCAAAAUAUCCAUGCAACUGCAAAGGAUACUAAUGAAGAAGCAAAAACAGCUACUAUAUGUGGAAUAUGGCACACUCUAGUUACAAGUGUUCCUAGCAAAGACAUUACUGAAUUGUGUAAAAAGUCUAGCACAUUUGGUAAGAAUGUAAUACCAACAAUAGUUAAGUCGGCAGUAACGAGCUUCGAAAAGUCUCCAAAAAAUUUAAUCAGAUCUGUGAGUGUACUUUACAGAGGCGGGAUGUUGAGUAAAAGAAAAUAUUCUGCUGUGCGCUCGUCUGAAAUAUUUGAUUACGAUGUUGCUCAAAAAAAGCGCAGGCGUCAUGGCGGACAGUAAACGAAUUAAAUGGAUUGGAACUUUUGAUAUAUUGCAGAAAUUUGUCGAAUGCGAUCUUAAAUUGGAUGGCAAAUGGUCUUCGCCAGGCGGUUGUUCGAAAAAGUUUACGUGCUAUAAUCUAGAUAUAUCAAUAACUUGGUACCCCAAGAAACUAAAUACCCUCGUAUUUCACGGUGAGGAAAGCUCGGGUUUGGUUGACGCGUUAAUAAAUAUGUGUGCAGAGGCAAUCUCUGAAGACGACGGUUUAUCAAACAAUGUAUGUGUGUCGGCCAUACAUAGUUCGAUUGCAACUAUAAACCCAGCUGUUGAUGAACCCGAACAGAUGUCUAAUCACUGUAUUAAGGACUUUGAACUAACUGAUAAUCAUCAAAAGGUCAGUAUAGAGCAUGAUUUCAAACUUGGGUGUCAGUGUAGAAUUUUAGCUGCUGAUUUGGAGGGAGUUAAGCUCGAUAUAGCAAUCAUGUGCAGGGACAUAGAAACUAAGUUUCUUGCAGCUUACAAUUCACGGGAUAGUGAUAGUGAACAAAUAAGUGAACUUAAACACGAGCUUCUUAAGGAAAAGGAGAAAUGUAGUCAGUUGGAGGCUGAUAUAUCUAUUUUGGUUCGAGGAAGGAAUAGGGAGAUAAACGAAUUAAAAAAUACCAUUACCUGUCUCGAAAACAAACUUAAAUCAAGCGAUGUCAUAAAUGAAUCUCUAAAGCCCGCCGCACACGAGAGCAACUUGCUGAGCUAACUGCUGAGCUCAGCUAUGUAUUUUCACCGCACACGUUGAGAAAACUACUCAACAACAACAUAAUUAACAAAAUCAUUUGCAUUUUCCUCCAUUUUGUUCCAGGUCACAUGAAGAAACCAUGGUUUGUCAUUGGCUAAUUGAUUCAAACAACUCAGCACUUAGCUCACAACAUCCGCAGACGCUGAGGUUUUUUCCUCGCGAGGCGAAAAAUAUCAAACACGAUAGAUAUUUUCCUCAAGGCCUCGAGAGGUCAAAUCCUCACGAAAACUAUCCGCACACGGGAGCGACUUGCUGAGCUAACCGCCUCGCGAGGCGGUUAGCUCAGCAAGUUGCUCUCGUGUGCGGCGGGUUUAAGACAAUCGCUAAUGCAAAUUAAUUCAGAAAAAUUCAAUGGUGUAUUGAGUGCCGAACAAAGCCUGUCAAACCAACCUGAACAAAUUAAUACUUAUAACUGCAUCAUAGACACUGUAAAAUCAAUAGAAACUGCAAAUUCAAACCUAGGAAUUUGUUUACCAGGUGAACCAUUUAUUCCCGAAACUGUCAGCGUUGAAAGCCCCCUUGAUAAUUCAUGUUUAAUUGUCCAACCAGCAAGUUGUAAUAGAACCAACAAUAAACUCGACAACAAAUGUGAAAUUAACAAAGUGAAGUUAACGGAGCAUAAUAUGAAUAACGACAAAAUCAGUAAAGCUAAGGUCUCGCGAAGUUACUCUAGACGCAAUCUUAAUUCUCCCCCUUACUGUGAGUCAUUGUCGCUGAAAUCGCUUGGAAACUUGCCUCUUAUCGAAAUAUCCAAGCCAUUUAUAACUCAGAAGAAGGAAAGCUUUUUAGAAAACCCAUGA